AUGGCACAAAAGAUUAGUUUUGGUGCCAGGAAAGUAACGAGCCCUGAUGUGAGCCCGAGGGGCUCGCAGAUUGACUUUGGCAAGCAGUCAAAUUCUGAUGAUUCAAGAGCCCAACUUCAACACCAAUUUACCAAUGCCGCUACAGAAUUAACCAGAAGUUCGAAAUAUGUUGUUUCAAAACUUGCUGCUUCUCCAACUGCAUUGUUUGGCUCAAACUCAUUCGAGCUACAAGGUUCAAUUGAUGAUCGUACUGGUCAUGGUCUUUUGAUUUCAGAUGAACUGAUAUAUACUUGGAACUAUAAUUCACCUGAUAGCAUCCCAAACACCAUUCAAAUUCCUGUUGUUCCAUCAAAUAAUGGAUUCCCACCGUUAGUCAUUCUUGUAUUACCGAGUGCUGGUAGUAAAGAACCCGGUGUUGUCUCUGUGAAUUCACACACUGGUCAUAUCAGAUUUUAUGAGAAUGUUGGUGAAGCCUCAUCUUUUGGACUAUUACAACACUUCAAGGGAAUCGAUCAUCAAAUUUCAUUAUACGACCGUGAAACGAUUGAAAUAGCUGAAAAUGUUGAACCUGCUGGUGUUUUACUUACAACCUCCACUGGGAGAGUCAUUCUAUUGUCAUUAAGAAACUCGGCUGGUAAACCAUUUAUUUCAUCAUCUCAGAUAGUUCAUAGACAAACUGGUUUCUUCAGCACUACACUAAGUCCUUCCAGACAUAUCGUUUCAGUCAAGGCAGGAGCAAUUUUGGGUCAAGGUGAACGUAUAAUAACAACAGUAACAAGAGGUGGUGACUUCCAAGUUUGGUCAUGCGCAAGAGAUGGUCAAUCAAGACAAGUUUUUCAAAAAGAGUUAUUACCAACCCUUGUUGACCAUGUCGGUGAGCUAUAUCCUAGUGCAACACGCGAAUUGGAGAUUUUAGAUAUGUGUUUCCUUCCAAAUUUCGAGAAUCAAGACGCAUUUUUGGUAUUGUCAAGCUUUCCAAAUGGUCCAAAUGAAACAUUCUACUUAUUGUUUACUAUUAGAAAGGAAGAGGAUCAAUUGUUGAUUGUUUCAGCUUACAAAUUGAAUACCUACACUACCCCAUACUCAGAUAAACCAAAAUUAUAUGUUCCAGCUCCAGGAACGACAGGAUUUAUUGUUUUUGAUAACUCAGUUGUUUUAUCAGAGCUAGUUAGCAAACUUGACCAUACAUCUAGUUUAAAGAAAAAAUGGGAAGACAUCAUCACAUUUAGAUCAAAUAUCAGAUUUAUAGGGUCUGGUGCUGAAGAUCAAACCACAAAUAAUGGUGUGAUCUCCCGUCUUGCUUCCUUGUAUUUGAUUGCAGGGCAAACUGGUGUUUUGAGGGUUGAUCAUUUAAAUACACUAGAAGGUGAAAUAGCGGAAGAUUCAAUUGUUACUGGUUCAUUUUUAAAAUCACAUAUCGAGCAAGCAAUCUUUUAUGGAGAAGAUUCUGAGAACCCAAUCAAAUUUGACCUUUCAGAUGAUAUCAAUAUAGAUUCAAAGGAAGUUGAAACAGAUUUGUUACAAGUUGCUGAAGAGCUUUUAAAUUCAACAUCUGCUUAUUUGCCACCAAGAUUAUCUUCAUUACAAGCUCAUUUAGAAUUGAGAAAGGCAAAACUAGAGAAGCUUUUGAAGUAUACUGCAGCUAAUUUCAUCAAUGUCAUCAGCGAUGAUGUCAAGUUCAACCUCAUAAGUGCACUUGAAAGAAUUUCAGCAGCAUCUAGGUUCCAUCAGCUUAUUUCCACAAACCAAGCUAAUGACACAUUCAUAGGUAUUGUCAAUAAAUCACUCUCAAAACUUUACGGAUCAUCAAAGAGCUUUGAUGAAUUAUUUGUUAAUGGCCUUUUCCAUCUAAAUGCGGUCGCUGUUGGUGUCCUUGAACAAAUUUCCAAAGGUUCAAAAUUGGAAGAGGUUGGCAGUGAUGUGAUUAUUGCUAUUUACUUUAGUGUUUUAGAAAUUGAAAAAGAAUACAGAUACGACCUAUUCAAACUUGAUAAUGACAAAGUUGGUAAAGAUCAACCGUGGUAUACAACCCAUUCUGCACAAACUCAUAUUGAUGAUGUUUUUGUCAAGUAUACAACAUUAUGUCGUGGACUAGCUGCAGAUGAUAGAACUACAAAGAAGUUGGUAACCAUAACUGAAAUACUAUUUUAUCAAUUUCAACAAAAACUUACGUGGUUAGAAGCGCAAACACCAAAAACAAGAGAUAUUCAAGAUUCCAUCAACAAAGAUCAAAGUUCAUAUAAGUCAAGAUCAGGUGUUUGGACGAAGAGUCUGAUUUUAUUUGGUGCCAAAACUGAAGCAUUGGCUAUUGCCGAAACUUACAGAGACUUGAAGUCACUUGUGGAAAUUUCUGACGAAGAUAGAGAAAAUUCCGAAGGUGAAGAACUUGAACGCGUGCUGAUGAGAUUUGAUAAUUAUUUCCACACUUUUGGAUAUGAAUUUGCAGAAACAUUGUACAACUAUUACAUUUCUUCUGGAAAAUUCCAAGUUUUGCUUCUAGCAUUUCAACAAUACAAGGAAUUUUUACAAAGGUUUUUCGCAGAAAAUGAUCAUGGAAAGAUAUCUUGGAUCAGAGAUAUUUUGGACGGACAUUAUUCAAAGGCAUCUCAAGUUUUAUUCGGUGUUACUCAAAAGCAAGAUGGAUUACAAUCAAACAGACAUUUGCAAUUGAGCGUUGCAAAAUUGGGAGCUUUAGCUGCUCUAGAGAACGAUCCUGUCCACACAAACACCACCUUACUUGAUGAUAUCCAACAACAGUUGGACUAUGUCGAGGUUCAAGAUUUGGCGCAUUUUCAAAUCUCAGAUUUUAUUAGGUCAGACGGUGAUCCUGCUGCUCAAGUUGAUGCAAUUGUUCAAGAAACAUUUUCUCAGUACCAUUCCAAGCAGAAUUUCCCAUUACUUAAAAACACAUUUGAAAGAGCUCUCUCCAGACUAUUGUCUAACAAAUCAUUAUCUGUGAAUGAGCUAAUUGAUACUUUCACCUUUUUGAAACCACGUGAAAAUAAUAGGUUUAAUCAUUUCUAUGCAUUGAAAUUACUACAUUUAUCAAAUCUUUCAGUUGAUCAGAAAGAAUUAAAUGAAAGACUGAUAUGGAGAAGAGCAAUCUUGAGUGACGAUUGGGAUCAAAUUUUAGCAGCCACAAACAAGACUGAUGAUUAUAUUAAGGAGCGUGCCGAGGAAACAGUGCUAUUCACAACUUUGGUUAAGUUUUUUGAAGAUAAGUUAUACACAUUGAAUAAUGGUUACCAAAUAUCAUUACCUGACGUUCAGAGGUUGAUCGGUAACUUUGAUGAUAGUGCUUUGUUAACAAGGUUCAAAUUUAUUGGCUCGCAUGAUCUACCAAAGUUGAAGAAAGAAUUGUCUGCUGAAAAUGAACGUCUUCAAGACUUUGCAAGCAGUGAUUCGUUUGAUAAAUGGAUCAAAGCACUAAUUGGUACUGCAAAUGAAAGAAGUGGUGCAUCAAAGGUUAUCAAUUAUAACACUUUAAAAAUUGAAAAUAACGAAUAG